AUGACAGUUAAACCUGAGGACAUUCCAUCUCCCUCAACUGUCGGCGUAGGAUUAGACGGAAUCAGCGAGGAUGAGGUGUUGCACUCCGCGCACACCGACGCUACCACCGACUCGCGCGCAGAUAGAUCCAACCUUGCGGACCAGUCAGCCUCAGGCGUGGCCAACACACAACCGGGAAGUCGCUGGAGUGUGAUUGAAGGAGAUGACCUGGAACGCGAGAAUAUGAGAGUGAAGAGGCGGAGAGUAUCUGUGGAACCGGUAUCAUCAGGGCUUGACACAGCAAAUACGCCUCAGUCGACGUCGCAUGAACAACUUCAAGAUGCAGCCAGAACUUUGGUUGAGCCACAACAAGAUGAAUUCGAGAAUCAAAUUUCUAUGUGCCACUACCCUCCUCAGAUAAAGGAGAGCGAGGUGUCGAAGUCGCGUGAGACUAUGUCCGAACCGCCAUAUUCACCUCACCCUUCUUUGAACGCUUCAUCAACUACAAAUGAGAUCGACUCUCAUCAACCUCUUCUUGAUCAACUUCCGCAAACUGAUGGUGCCAUGGAUGACCCUCCGCUGAAGCGCAUCAAGCCUUCUUCCACGCCGAGCAACAAGAAGCUACGAAGCGAGCAUGGAAAACUCAGCUUUUCACCCAAGAAACCACCUCGAUCUGGAACUGUCCAACAGGACAGUGAGACGAACGGAUCAAAAAAGCCGGCAAAGGCAUCUAAGAAAGUUGAGAUGAAGAACGGAAGAUUCGUCUCCUCGCUGCGUGUUUCUUUGCCUUAUACUGCUCCAGACUCGGGCGCUAGGAUCGACGAGAUAUUGUCGAGCAAACAUACAAGGUUCAACACUGAAAUCGAAGCGCAGCGCGCGACCGAGGCAGCGAGCAAGCCUGCCGCAGCAAAGACGACUCAUCCUUUCUUUCUUGGGAAGACUGCAGUCAAGACGCAAAAGCAGCAAUCUGAUCUAAAGAGCGAAUCGUCAUCUGUGAUAAUCACCUCUGAUGAUGAGACCGGCACCAGGCCAAUCCCGAAGGCAUCAAAGCCGUGGAAAGACAUCGUGUUCGGAUCCGGGAAGCUUUCGAAACAAAUCGCUUCCUUGCUGCCUUCAAUUUGGCCUCCGGCUUCGCUACAGCACGUCCGACCCGGUCAUUCAUCACAAACUCUGCUCCCAACAAGCGCUCCAGCCUCAAGAAGUUCUUCCAAGCUGAAGCAUAAUGCCCUCCGCGUUAGACCUGAAGAAGACAUCCUUUGGAACUUCUCUCGGAGUGCAGUGUCCGACGCCGGAACCUCCAACCUUCACAUGCCCAGACGAAGAGUUAUGAGCGGUAAAUUCUUCUCUGAAACGGUGGAUUCGCUACUCGAGACAUGCAACAACCAAAAGCCUUAUCCAAAUCCACUUAUAUCCUUGAGAACACGCAUUCAAUCAACGCCAAGUUGCUUCGACAAGGGUACGGCCGCAGGACCUCAGAUAUGGUCCCAUGAAUAUGCCCCGGCUCGUUGGCAAGAUGUACUGGAGAGUCAGAGCAAGGUAUUGCAUGACUGGUUGAACAGUCUGCGAGUUCAUCAAGUCCAGACUGGCGGAUCACAGAAGGCAAACCCAUCCGUGGCCAAAAAACUGCGCCGAAAGAGAAAGUCUGAAGAAAUGGAAGACUUCAUUGCAGAAUCUGACGACGAUGAUGCUCGAUCAACCGCGAACGGAAAGAACGCCAUCCUGCUGGUAGGACCACCCGGCUCCGGAAAGACAGCAUCCAUAUUCGCGGUUGCAUUGCAACUGGGUUUCGAGGUCUUUGAGAUCAAUCCGGGCAUGCGGCGAAGUGCCAGGGAUAUCCAGGAUAAGGUGGGAGACAUGACACACAACCAUCUUGUGCAGCAGAGCAGCCCACUGAGUAGAGAAUCCAGUAUCUCUAUCGACGAUGAAACACGCUUCAUCCAUGAGCCUCCGCCUAUAAACCAGAAGACUAUGGCAGCUUUUAUGAACGCCGGAGCUGCUAAGAACGGGAAGCAGCAAAAGCUGCCUGGUCCGAAAGAGAGCAAGGAUUCGCGAGUUAAGUCGCAGAAGCAGUCUCUGAUCUUAUUCGAGGAAGUCGACAUUUUGUUUGAGGAAGACAAAGGCUUCUGGAGUCAUGUCAUCUGGCUGAUUAAAACCUCGAAAAGACCAGUCAUCCUUACUUGCAACGACAUCGAGUCUGUACCGCGUGACGAGCUUGACCUCUUCACGGUAUUGCGCUACGGUCGUCCCGAGAUGGACCUAGCUAUACAACAUCUCGGACACAUCGCCGCAGCCGAGGGACAUCUCCUGAGCAAAGAGGCGUUAAAGAACCUCUAUCUGACCAAAGGCCAAGAUCUACGUGCGGCGAUCACAGAGCUCAAUCUCUGGUGCCAGAUGACAGUCGGCUCUCUACAAGGAGGACUUGACUGGAUGCUAUCAUAUCAAGACAGGCAGAGGUCUGGCUUCGACGGGGCGAUAACUCGAAUUAUCAGCCAAGAUACAUAUAUCAGCGGACUUGACCUGCUGCCAGAACAGAUUGAAGACACAGAGGAUCUGAUCCGCUUCACUCAGGCUAGUCUGGGCAUUUCGCCUCUAGACUGGGUCGAGGAAGAUAUCUACCCCUUUGACGCGGAGACUACGCCUACCCAGACAUUGACUGACGCGGCCAUCCUCUCCGACGCCAAGAGUGCCAUGGAUCUCUUCGAUGACCGCACGGCGCCUCUCCUGGCAGGCGUGAUUAAGAGCCUAUCCACUUCCGCCCACAACACACCACCAGUCCCAAGGGACGAAGUGGUACGCUUGUACCUCAAUCAGCUCCCUUCCAGCCGCUCUAAACUCACGCGCACCACUAUUGCCUCAACACUCGAGCCCCUUCUCGAAGAAUCUCGAAUCGGACUCCCGACAGGCCUUGGCCGCAAAUCUCCCUCGCUCGACAACCCGUCAGCCGUGUCUGUCAUCACCGAAGUAGCGCCAUAUAUCCGCUGCAUCGUCUCCCAUGACAAACACCUCGAAUACCUCCGCAAUGAACUGCACGGUGUCAGCCAAACCGGGCCGACCAAACGACAACGACGCACGAGAGCAAGCCGAGCAGCAAUGGAAGGCGGGGACAAAGGCACGACGAGACGGGACAAGUGGUUCCCCGAGCAAUUGGAUUGGGAUGCCGUGCUUGGGACGGGUAACAGCUGGCCGAUGGCGAGAGACGACGAUUAUCUGGUGACCACACGCGGAGAGGAAGAGGGAUCAAGGUCGGAUAUGGGAUCGAAGGAGCAAACACCCAGUCCUGUGCCGUCAGGCAGCAUGGACAAGGCCACAGACACCGAGGUCGAAGUAUAG